AUUUUCAUUAUUGUACUGAGUCAUUUGCCAAACUUCAAUUCAUUUGUGUGCUAUCGUUGAAACAGUUCGCAUUGCUUCUUAAUAAAUGCUUAAAAUGGAUCAUAAUUUCCCAGCAAGUGUUCCAUCAUUCUUUCCAAAGAUUCUUCACACUGACUCAGCAAAAAAUAUUAUGGCUCCCAAGCCAACGAAUGUGAAUGGUUAUAAUACCAGUGGUAAUAAUAAUAAUCCAAAUGGAAAUGAAAACAAUGUUGGUAUUGGAAUCGCCAGUGCUUUCGAAAGUGAUGAGCAUUUGCGUAAAAUCUUCAUUGGUGGCCUGUCCACACAGACUACAGUGGAGACACUGCGUCAAUACUUUCGUCAAUUCGGUGAAAUGGUCGAUGCAGUCGUUAUGAGAGAUCCAGUGUCCAAUCAUUCGCGUGGCUUUGCUUUUGUCACAUAUCUGAGUCCGGAAUCUGUGGAGAAUGUUCAGCGUGCUCGUCCACAUACCAUUGACAAUAAAGAUGUGGAAACCAAGAGAGCAUUGCCUCGUAUGGAGUUCACUAGAUCUAGCGCAGGACAAUCGAAUAUUAGAUCUGCGAAAAUCUUUUUGGGCGGUCUACGUGACUGUCACUCCGAGGAGUCGAUACGUGAGUAUUUCUCACAGUUUGGCAUUGUAACCAGUGUUAAGCUUUUGCUGGACAAAGAGACUGGACGCAAGCGUGGAUUUGGUUUCCUAGAAUUUAAAGAUUUGGCCAGUGCUGAUCGGGCUUUGGUUCAGAGCAAACAUUCAAUUAAUUAUUCCCUGGUUGAGGUAAAGAAAUCAUCGCAAAAGUAUGACACUGGCAAACGUUUACGUUUCCCUGUGGGUGGAGCAGCUCGUGCUGGUUACAUUCCACCGCAGCCGGCAGUGAUGGAUAAUUUUACAAUUGGCCAUGGCUAUAAUCCGUUUUUGGCGCAGACCACCUUGCCGCCAUCGGCUUUUAUCAAUGGUUGGGCUUCCUAUGUCACUCCAGGUGUGCCCACAACUCCGGGCUACUAUGGCCCACCACGCCAGCAGCCGCCACUUCAACUUCAACAGCAGCCGCAGCAGCAGCUUGGCUAUAAUUUCGGCUAUGAACAGGAAUUAGCUUGGGGUUCGUCUGCCAACUAUAAUAAGACGCACUAUAUACCACCGGAAUGGAUGGGCGUCAAUGCCUACGAAUGGCCACCAAAAGCCAAUAUCAAGCCCAACAACCCAUUGGCCAUGGAUCGUCCUAAAAAUGACUACAAAUCGGUUAAGAUGCCCACAGCCCUUGCUGCUGCUCCUGGUGGCCAACUCAAUGCCAAGCACAUGCUGGCUACCAAACCGCUGGAUGUGGGCGCUGGCGGUGAUGCAGCUGCUUCGGCUCUGCCGGCUGUUACCAAGAAAUGGCCGACUGACAACUUUAAAGGCUUCUAGCCCCUCAUAAUCAUAUCAAAUAAUACCAUAAUGACGGAUCCCAGCACACAGAAACAGAAUUACUAAUUGGAAUAAUCAUCUGACACCCAUUGACACAGAAUUACUUAAAUUACACUUCACACAUCUUACACAAUUUUUUUUUGUUUUUUUUUUUGGCCAAACCAACACACCGAAGUCCUCAAAAUAAAUCUACCUAUCCACUCAUA